AAAAAAAACAAAAGCCUCGGAAACUGAGGAUAACUAAUACUAUAUUCUUAAAAAAAAAAAUCUAUAAUCUGGAACGAAUACUCAGUGUUCUUGGUAUUCUCCCAUUUAUCAUACGUACUUUUUAAUUUGCACAACUAUUGUCCAGUGCAAAAACAGCUACUUAAAUCAAACUCAUAAAUACUCUUUUCCGCUCACUAUGGCCGGCCACUUUUUCUUAGCUAUCUAACAAGCAAGAAAUCUUAGUCUUUUCUCAAGAAUACUUGGGAAAGUAAUUUCUUUGGCAAAAUGGAAGCAACUCUAUCGACGAUGGUGCCCCAUUGUGCUACAGAAUCAGUGGAGUCAUCCCCUAAGUCAUCGAUGCAUCACCAGGACUGGGAUAAUGAGCCACUCCCACCCGUCCCCGGUGCAAAACUCCGACUAAUGUGCAGUUACGGCGGCCACAUUAUCCCCCGCCCGAGCGACAAAAAUCUAUGCUACAUAGGUGGAGAGACUCGUAUUGUAGUAGCCGAAAGAAACUCCUCUCUAUCCGACCUCAUAAGUCGCCUCUCCCACUCUUUACUAGACGGCAGAAGAUUCACCCUCAAGUAUCAGCUUCCGAACGAGGACUUAGACUCGUUGAUCUCAGUGAGCACGGACGAGGAUCUAGAGAACAUGAUCGAGGAGUACGAGCGGAUCACGGCUGCUAAUUCGUUUGCAAAGACGGGAUCAAGUAGGCUCCGUCUAUUCCUGUUUUUAGCAAAGCCUGAGACAGCACAGACUAUGGGAGCUUUGUUUGAUGAUGCACAGUCUGAAACUUGGUUUGUGGAUGCUCUUAAUGGCGCUGAUUUACUGUCUAGAGGUUUGUCCGAAUCAGCCGGCGUCGGUGAUCUGCUUAGACUUGAUAGUGGUGGCACAAGCGAUCUUGGGAUGCAAGUACUGCCUGAAGGCGCUCAUUGUGCUGUACAACCGAAAGUUGUUCCCCAGGAUGCAUAUUCCAUUCAAUCUGUAACAUCAGACUCACCAGUGGUUGAGAACACAUCCUCCUUCGACUCAUCUACCUCAUCCCCUUCCAUGGCUCAUCUGCCUCCAAUCCGCGUCCGAGUAGACGAAAGCAAUGACGGGAAUACUAGAUUGCAGGAAGAAAUUAAGGGUGGAAGAGCAUUAGAGGAGCAGUUCUCGGGUCAACUGAGACUUAUUCCACCUCUAUCAGCUAAUUUCGCGCAUAGUUAUGCUGCAGUUGCUAAUACUACAAUAAAUGGUAACGACAGUAACAACAAUUGUGUUAUGCCUGAUGAAGCGUGCUCCGAGCAUGGGUUGCUGGGGGCGUCGAGGAAGCCACCUCUGCCUUUAUCUCUUCAGCAGAGAAUUAGCGGAGGUAUCAGUUUGCCAUCGCCUAAUGACUCGAAGCAUGCUGCUGGAUUUAACUUGCCAUCUCCUGAUUCUGUUAAAAGUGACAGCAGCAUAGCUUCAGGAAUUUCUUCCACAAACACAGCAAACCGUCAAGACCAAGCUCAAGUAAGCACCACAAAUGAGAACAAACCACCUAGUACGCAGGUGUCCAUUGAACAGAAAUCAGACAACCGUACACCACAAUUACAAAAUCAACACCUUCAGUUACAACCAACUCAAGACCCUGCCAGUUACAUUUAUGCUCCACAACAGCACGAGCAACAUCAACAUCAGCAUCAGCAUCAAUUUAUCCAAGAAAACAUGCAUUACAUCCCAACUCACCCACAAAUACGACAACAAUAUCGCCCAGUCUAUGCAACACAGCAACAGAUCCACCCUCGCGUUGAUCAUCAGCAGUAUCCGAUGUAUCUGAUGCCUGUUGCCCAAACACAACCUUAUAAUGUUGCUCAAGCUCAACCCCCGGUCUACCCUACUAGAGCGGCUGCUACACAAGCAAAUAACCAAUAUCAACAAUAUCUUGGAUAUAAUACGCCUAUGCAGCAAAUAGCAGGAAAUCCUGCUAAUUAUGGUCAUUUUGAUUAUAAUCAUAAUCAGGUGUAUUAUACUGGACAGCUUGCAGCAGCACCUGCACCAGUAGGGGCAUCUCAAUAUCAAAGCAUCACACCGGCUCAAGCAGCUAUGAUUGCUGAGGCUUCUAAGCAGUUGCCUACUACCGAGUCCAAUAAGCAGAUGCCAACAUCAUAAUAUAUAGCCUUACUCCUGAAAUUCUAUUAUUUUUAGCAUUAAAUGCAAUAUAGUACUUUCUACGUUUUUUUUUUUUUUUUUUUGAUGUGUACCUCAUGAGUCAUGACGAGAAUAAAUAAAUGUUAUUUGUUUA